AUGGAUUGGCCGGGGGAUUUUCCUGAUGACCAUGCCUUUGUGGAGCUGCUGGUUCCAGGGGUUUCCAGUGAGCUGGACUUUGAACAGCUCCAAAAAGACACAGAGGAGAAACUCGCUCUCAAUGCCAACAGCAUUGAACAGCAGCUAAAGGAGCUCCAGGCCAAAAUGGGUGACUGCAGGACAGGAGAUCGUCCACCAAGCCCUUCAGAGUGCCUGCAGUGGUUCAACCUCAGAAUGCACAACAGUUUCAGGCCUGUUACCACAGGACAUCAAGAGCUCAUGGACUUCUUCAGAGCUUUGCAACAAUACCUGAAGUCUGAAGCGGAGGGGAAAGAGGAGGUGACACUGCAUCUACUCCUGAAUGUGUCUUCCCAGUGUGGUGUCUGCUUUCCUUGUACCCCUUCUUCUUCCUCCUCUCUUCCUUCUCAACUGACCGCUUCCUUCAGCCAUUUGGUACAUACAGUCAGAGAUGAUGCUUCAUUAGAGAUCCAGGAGGCGUGGGAUGAUGUGCGUCUCCAGCUGCGCCGCCACCUGCUGGACCGGCUGUCUUCCCGCAGCCCACAGCGUCCGGGACCCAGACAUAUUUCCACUCUGUCCAUCCCUGAACGCGUCCACUGUCUGCAACAGCUGUUCUUUCUUUACCCUGAGUCUGAGGUGCUCACACAUUACCAGGGUCUGAGAAGCCAAUCUGUGCUGGAUCUUCUGUUCUCUGCCCUGAGCUCAAGCCCAGGCGGUGAGACUGGUUUUGACAGACUGGCUGUUUGCUUCCGCUCUGUUGUCCCAGCUCUGACCCAAGCCCUCACAGAAGAGCUCCAUGUCCUUUCAAGACUAGCAGAACCGCACGCCAUUUUAGGUUUCCUAAAUGCGGCCUACCUCAGCACUGUGGCCCGAGAACUAACCUCCAUGAUGGAGAGAGAAUGUGAGACGGCCCUGAGAGACAACACCACGCUCAGCAGCAAGCUCAAGAAAUAUUCAGCCAGGUCCCGGGCAACUGUAGCGCCAUUGGAGCUUCCCAUGAAAAAUAGGAGCUUCAAUUUGACCUCCCACCAGCUGAGGGCGUUAACCCAGCUGGCCUGCACCCUGCUGGGGUUUGAGGGGACUGUGAAGGAGUUGGUCACUAAUAUGACCUUCAUUGAUUGUACAGGAGAGACUCCUUUUGUAAAAGGCAUCUUGAAAAAGAGUCGUGAGGAUUCAGACGUGACAACAGACAGCAAGAAAUCCACAGCAGAAGCACGCCACACACCAGAGGCGCAGGUUUUGGAGUUUGAUUGGAGGUCAGCAUUUCGGGGGCUGGUCCCUCACAUGGCACAUUGUGUCAAAGUGGUGCUGGAUGAUAUUUGUGCCAAGAGUUUGCAGCAGGAAGAGGCCUUACAUUCUUCAGGACACACCUCCAUCACCCUGAGCCGUACUACUAGACAUGCCGUCAGCACUGCCAGAAAAACCCAUCUAAGAGAAGAUUCCUUCUACACCUACUCAGAGAGAGAGACUCCCAAAAUGAUAGCCAAGUUCUGUGGAGCAAUCAUGACUGAGCUGGAUGCUUUACUACCCUUGGCAGCAGCCUGCAGAGACAGCUCCCUCCUGGAGGUGCGAUCAAGCUUUGUGGAGGCGUGUGGCAGGGAAGCAUUUGCCAUGCUGGGCCGUUUGCAGGAGAGGGCCCUGGAGGUACCAUCCUCUGCACCCCUGAAGAACCUGCCUGCUCUGCUGGCCACUUGCAUUCAUGUGCACCAACGAAUGGAGCACUACUAUGCCAGGCUGAAAGACUCAAAUACAACUGCAGCUAAAGUACCCCUGACCCUGCUGCCUAUCCAGAAGUACCAAGAUACAGUAGUGGCUUUGAGAGACCAGCUGACAAGCUAUUGUAUGCAGGUUUGUUCCACCUGCAUUCUUCAAGACGCAGAGAGUCACUACUGGGAAGACCCCAAACCCUUCUACGAGGGUGAGCGCUGUUCCUUCUCAGUGCAGAUGUGGUUCUACUUCCUGUGUGGGCUCCGUAGAGACCUGUGGUCGGUCCUUCCGGCAGACUUGGCGAAAGAAGUGCUCGGCCAGGUGCUGUCAGAGACUUUACAGCUGCUGGUGCAAAGAUAUGCCAGGGCUCGUCCUUCAUACAAGAGACACCUGCAAAUCAGAUGUGACAUUACGGCAGUGUUGCUGUAUGUGGAGCAGCUUAUGUGGAGCGUGUGUGAAAGUCCUGAGGCCUUGGUGCGCUCCAACCCUUAUUCAGCAAUUGCCAUGAUAGCAGGCAGAUCAGACUGGCCAUAUCAUAUCCACAGCCUGUGUGAGCAACUCCUGACAGUCCUCGUCAUUGUCACAGCACCCCUAUCUUUGCUGUAUAGGAUGUUUAUUAUUGAUCCUGCAAAAGAGUCCACGCCACAUCAGCCUGACAGCCCUGUUGUCCACUGGCUAAAUGCUAUCGACCCUGAUGUCUUCACAGAGCAGGCCAUACGAGAUGGCCUUAUGGGCCAGACGGCCUCUGCAUGUCAGCUGAGGCUGCUGACCUCUGACCCAGGACGCAAUCCCAGGUUGCUGCUGCGAAUGCUGCUGUACAGAGACUGUCACCUGCCCAGAAUACUCCUGGAAAACUCUUAUUUUUGCCUGGAAAGCUGUUUAGAUAUGUCCACAGAGAGCUGCAAGGCAGGAGAUGACUUCAUAGUCGCAUUGUUCAACCUUUUCAGUUGCCUGAACAGCGUUCCCAAAGCUUUGACUCAGGCCCUUCAACCAUAUCUCGAAAGGGCACAAAUAUGGGAACAUCUCUACACACUGGCAGACACAACUCACACAGCACCUGUAGUGGUCCGAUGUGUUCGGACCUUAGUCACCAAGUCUACCAACAACCUCCUGGUACAUCUGGUCUCCAUGGUGACGAGUUUGCAGACCACAGAGGAGCCCAGUGGAGCUUCGUUCAAGCAGAAUGUACCGGAGAGUGUCCUGGCUAAAAUACCAAAGGAGUGGAACUACACACCACUGGAAACCAGGGGAAAGGAGACUGCCACUAAGAAUGUUAUAUCUGUAACUAUUCAAGCCUUGUCCUUCAUUUUCACCAACCUGCCCUUGGCUGUAGCAUCCGUGCCUCUCCCCAUCCGCUACCUCUUCCAAGUGGCAGAGAAGCAACUUUCCCAGCACACCCGGCAGCUGCGCUUAGUAGGCCUGUUACUCUGGGCCCUGCUAGGCUGUCUGAUCCAGGGCCUGGAGGACCCACACACACUAAAACAAAUCGGUGGUCUGGCCCUGGAUCGCGGGGCAAGAGAGCCCCUGUCCCUGCUGGCUGAGUGCCUACAGGCUGUCAUGGGCAUUCAACAGAAGGGUGUUCCUAAGCCCACAGUUCACAAAGUGCUACAGGCUCUGGAGGAAAAAAGACCCAAGUGGACAAACAUGCAGCUACAAAAGGCCCGCAAGCUCUGCUCAGACAGCUGCAGUGUAUUUGAGCGAGGAAGGGAGAGCGGAGUCGCUGCGGCUGAACUGACUGAGCAGAAAAUAGGCCUGAUGCUGCUGGAGGUCUGCCACAAAGCAGGUGGCAGCGACUACCUGAGGCAGAUCUAUCACAUCAUCCAAGGCAAUGAGGAACUAUUGAUGUUUAAACUAAGUGAAAGCACAAACUCGCCCAGUAAUUCCCCUCACUUGGUGAACUUUGACCUUGGCUCUGAGAGUCAUGUGGAUGCUGCUGUCUUCAAUCCUCUCCACCAAUUUGACCAUCUUGGCAAGAAGAAGCUGGAUCAGAGUGCCGUGGUUGACUGGGCAUGGGACUGGCCAAGGCUGCUGCCAGCCUAUCAGGGCAUGAGUCAGGUCACCUUCAAAACUCUACUGGCCAACAGGUGGGAGAUGCAGGAGGAUGCAGAGCUCGAAGAUGGAGAAAAAUCUAUGAUAGAGGAACUUCAGAAAGCAUAUUUUGUUUGCUGCUGCAGACCAGGACCGCAGGACCCUCCUGAAGCUGAUGAGACAGUGGCAAAGCAGACCCAGGGGGAAACACAACCAUCCGAUAAGAGUGCUGCCCAAUAACAGGCCACGCCGUUGGAAUUUUUAUCACGUUGUAAAUGUUUGCUUGUAAUACUCACUUGCACCUCUCUAGGUAGUAGAGUGUGUGUAUAUGUGGGUGUGUGCACAUUUGGGGUUGUAAUUGGGUUUGUGCAUGCACUGAAUGCAGCAAGUUUGCAUAUGUGUGUGCAUGAAAACAUGAGUGAGAGAGCGGACAAGAAACUGUGGAGCAACAAAAAGAGUGAGGGAGACGAUGCGUCUUUAUGCACAUGCCUCAGACAAACUCUCUGUGCUUUUCUAUGCUGCAUCAGACGCAUUUCAUCUUUUUGGAGCACAUCUCCAGAAAUCAGUUCUGGGAAAUAGAGAGCCUGGAUUUGUUUGCCUGGGACAAGAUGGGACUGUGUGAUCACUGUUGGUAGUUGAAGUUUUUUUUUGAGACAGUGAGUGUAAAGACAUUGGUGUCAACAUACUUUCUCCUGGUUCCUGAAAGCAAACAUCAAAUAUUACGGUUGGGAAGCAAGAUGAUGUAUGUUUUGAUUACAAUGUGACCCAAAAAUCUGUCCCACUAUGUAAUAUCAGUGAGUAUUUUGUGCAAACUGAGAAAACAUUUAUUUUAUGUGUAAUACGAUUGCUCAGUAUAUUUUUCCAAGAUUGUCCAUAUUUUGUUAUUUAUGAGAUGGAAUGUUUUAGAAUUAAACAUGAAAAUAAAAUGAUAU